AUGUCAGAAAACGAUAACGCGAACCGGACGAAUCAAGUGGGAGGUCAAAUUCCUCCGGUCGGUGCUGCUGCUGUCGCCGGUGCUGCUGCGAUUGCUGCUGGCGCUCCGCUGGCGAUGCAAUCGAACUUCACCAUCGAGCCAUACGAUCGUCAUCGGAUGAAGUGGUCCCGGUGGGUCGAGCGUUUGGAGGGCGCUUUCCUGCUGUUUCGAGUUCCAGCUGAUUUGCGACGUCCCAUGCUGCUCCACUACAUGGGUGGAGAAAAUUACGACAUUGUUUCGGACAAGUUGGCGCCUGUUAAGCCGCAGGCGAGAACGUACGAUGAAAUCUGCAGGAGGCAAGGCGACGAACGAGUUGACGAGUCAAUUGAUGACUACCUCAUUGCACUGCGGAAACUGGCGAUAACGUGCAAUUUCGGCGACUACUUAAACACCGCUCUGAGGAACCAGUUCGUCUUCGGCCUGAAGGAUCGUGGGAUUCAGGCAAGGCUUUUGGAAGUGCACAACCUCACGUUGGACAUGGCUCGCGAUCUUGCGGUGUCCAUGGAGAUGUCCGCCAAGGGAGGUCAGGAGAUUCAGUCCCGGGCGAAAGCUGACGUGAAUCUGGUCGAGCAUCCGGUAAACAAGAGCGGUAAGUCGAAAGGCAAGAAACCGGGGAAAGCCGCCGCCGCCGGUCCGUCGCACCACGGCGAUUCGAAGCAAGAUUCGAGAAAGGGUGCCUGCUACCGCUGCGGCAAUACGAAUCAUUUUGCGAACAAAUGCGUUCACGUGAAGACUGUUUGCAACUUCUGCCGUAUGACGGGCCACAUCGAGAAAGUGUGUAUGAAGAAGAAGAGUGCUCAAAGCACGAAGAGCAAAAGUGAUUUCCACCUGGUGGAAGAAAGUGCUGCUGAAUGUAAACAGAAGAAGAAAGAUGUCUACAUUGACGAAAUUUGUGGCUUGUACGACGCGGAGAGCCGAGUGGACAAAUUUUGGGUUGAAAUCUCGGUGAAUGAUUCGAAAGUGCGAUUCGAGGUGGACAGUGGUGCUCCCGUCGCGAUAAUGAGCGUGACGGAUUACGAAAAGUUGCUGCCGGCUGUGAGAUUGGAUCCGCCGGAUAUGUCGCUAGUGAGCUACAGCGGAAACACGAUAAAAUUGCGCGGUAUGUGUACGGUCUCGGUGCAGUAUGCGGGUAAGGUACAUCGUUUGCUGCUGUACGUGGCGGACAACCGAAAGCAUCCAUUGCUUGGAAGAAGCUGGAUGAAAGUUUUGCGGCUUGACGUGAGCAAGUUCUACGAUGAGGUACAUUCGGUUGCGGACAAUUCAGUGAAGUGCACCACCGACGAAUCGGUGAAAAAGUUGAUUGCGCGGUACAGCAGUGUAUGUGCUGAUUCGAUGGGGAAGAUUGAAGGGCUUACUGCGAAGUUACGGCUGAAGCCGAACGCCCACCCAGUGUACAUUAAAGCGAGGCCGGUGCCAUUUUCGUUGCGAAGUGCGGUCGAGCAAGAAAUCGGGAAGCUAGUGGAUGAAGGAGUGCUCGAAAAAGUGAACCACAGUGAUUGGGCAACGCCCGUGGUUCCCGUAAUGAAACUGAAUAACAAAGUGCGAUUGUGUGGGGAUUACAAGAUCACGGUUAAUCCGAAUCUAGUGGUGGAUGAGCAUCCGCUCCCUACAAUUGAGGAGCUCUUUGCGAACGUGGCCGGUGGAGAGAAAUUCUCGAAGAUAGAUCUGUCUCAGGCGUACCUGCAGCUUGAGGUGGAUCCAGAUCAACGGGAGAUCCUGACGCUGAGCACACACCUGGGGCUGUAUCGGCCAACGCGGCUGACGUACGGCGUGAGCUCCGCACCUGCGAUAUGGCAACGAUUAAUGGAAGAAGUGCUAAACGGAAUACCGGGAGUGACAGUGUUUUUGGACGAUAUACGCGUGACGGGUCCGACUAACGAAGUACAUUUGCAACGACUCGAAGAAGUGCUCAAACGUUUGAGUCAGUACGGAAUGCGAAUAAACUUGGACAAGUGCGUGUUUUUCGCGGACGAAAUAGAGUAUUGUGGUUAUGUCGUCGACCGUCACGGUAUACAUAAAGUGCAAAAGAAGAUCGAGGCGGUGCAGAAUAUGCCCACUCCCGAAAACAAAGAUCAGGUACGUUCUUUCGUCGGAUUAGUGAAUUACUACGGACGCUUCCUUCCUAAUCUGAGCACGAUGAUCUACCCGCUGAAUCGACUGUUGCGGAACGACGUGCCGUUCCAAUGGUCGAAGUCGUGCGAAGAAGCGUUUAGGAAGGUGAAGCAGGAGAUGCAAUCCGACAGCUUUCUGGUGCAUUACAACCCCGAGCUGCCACUGGUGUUGGCGACUGAUGCAUCUCCCUACGGUGUCGGAGCCGUCCUUAGUCACGUCCUGCCGGACGGAUCGGAACGGCCGAUACAAUACGCGUCGCAGACCUUGAACGAGACACAACGUAAGUACAAACAAGUUGAUCGUGAAGCGUAUGCUAUUGUUUUCGGCAUUCGACGGUUCCACCAGUACUUGUACGGGCGCAAGUUCGUUCUCUAUACGGACAACGAGCCUCAUUGCAAUGCGGACGCGUUUUCACGGUUGCCGAUAGCUACGAAGCAGCCGGAUAACGUCGUAGAAGAAGUCGACAUGCUGGAAACCAGUAUCAUCGAGACGAUGCCGGUAACGGUCGAGGACUUGGCCAAGGGAACUGCGGCAGACGGUUCGGUCAAGCUGCUGCUUCAGGGACUACGAAACGGAAAGAUAGUGGAGGCGAAGGAUCGAUUCGGUAUCGAUCAAAACGAAUUCUCCUUGCAGCAAGGUACCCGCCUAAAGGCACUCGCCAGAGGAUACGUCUGGUGGGAACGCAUUGACAGGGACAUCGAAGAGUUAGUCAAGAACUGUGCGUCCUGUCAAGUUACGCGUCCGAAUCCUGCAAAAGCUCCGCUACAUUGCUGGGAACCUGCUACACAGCCGUUCGAACGAGUACACGUGGAUUUCGCUGGGCCGUUUAUGAGGAAGUAUUUCAUCGUCUUCGUCGACGCGUACACGAAAUGGCCAGAGGUGAAGAUUCUACGGGACAUUACGACGGCUACGACUAUCAACGCCUGUAGAGAGUUUUUUGCGACCUACGGUAUACCAUGCGUCCUGGUCAGCGACCGUGGUGUACAGUUCACCUCCGGUGAAUUCCAGCGUUUUCUGCAGCUGAACGGCAUUUUCCACAAAAUGGGUGCGCCGUACCAUCCGGCGACGAACGGGCAGGUCGAGAGGUUCAUCCAGACCUUCAAGAACAAGAUGAAGGCCCUGAAGUCGACCACAAAGUUCGCUCAAUUCCUGAGGGAGGAAGAGUUGCUGCGCGAGAUUUCCUGGACCAUGAGAAAUGGAAGUACGGUCGGGUAA